AUGGUGUCACUGGUGAGGCAGCCCCAGAAUCCCUAUGACCGAAAUGCAGUGAUGGUGUCAAAGUAUGGGACACAAGUUAGACAUAUAAAGAGAGAGCUGGCAGCCCCAAUGGCUUAUAUUAUGGACAACAAGCUGGCAUUGAAAAAUACUUUUAACAAGUUAUUUGAUAAUUUGAGUACAACGCGUGAGAUGGAUCCAGCUGAGGUAAUACGUACCCCUCUGAUGACAAACCAGAGGCAGGCACUGUGCCGGAUGGCUUCCUGGGAGAACAACAAAGACCUUCCCCCAUUCUGUGAGCAGAAGAGUGAACUGUAUUUUAACAUGCUUAUGAACUUUGCGAAAGAAAGGCCACAGAGGGUCCCUGGGGGGAGGAUUUUGGCUGAAGACAUAGGAAUGGACUAAACCCUAACAACCAUUGCACUGAUAGUUUCCAAUUUCUACAACAGAAAACCUUUGCCCCUGGAAAAAUGUGCAGUGAUGAAACUGAUCCUGGGGCGAGUUCUACAGCCAGAGUCAGUGAUUGUGUGUCCUCUCUCUUUGAUCAGCAACUGGCUGGACCAGUUUGAGCAGCAUGUUUGGGACGAUGUCAAUCUGAAAGUUUACUUAUACUGGGGUCCUCAAUGGCUGCUCAAGGGUAAUUUCCUGUCUGGACAGGAUAUUGUCCUCACAACCUACAAUAUGCUGUUCUCAGAUUGUGGAAACAAAGCAAACGGUCCACUGCACAAAGUAAGCUGGCUGAGGGUGGUGUUGGAUGAAGAUUACAUAAUCAGGAACCCAAAUGCUCUGCAGAGCAAGGCUGCACUGGACCUAAAAGCCGAGAGAAGAUGGAUCCUGUUUGGAACACCCGUUAAGUACUGUUUAAAUGAUGUGUGGAUGCUCAUUGCUUUCCUAAAGCUACAGCCAUUUGAUGUGAGGGAAUGGUGGACCAGAGUCAUUCAGAGGCCUGUGACCAUGGAAGACAAAGCUGGGCUCAAGAACCUGCAGGCUCUGGUAAAAGGACUCAGAGAUACUGGCUCUCCCAGUGAGCUACAGGACAGACUCAUCAGUAAGAUCACUGUGGUUAUGAGCUUUGGCUCAGAUGACAGGGUGGUGCAGAGAAUCCAGACAUAUGGCACACUUAUCACGUACUGUGCCCACGUCUUCUGUAGACCCUGUAUCUGUGAGGUCAUCAGCUCUGGCCAGGAGCAAGCAAGGUGUCCUAUCUGCAGUGCUCAGAUCCAAGAACUGGUGGAGUGUCCUGGGGAACAAGAAGAUACUGGCACUGUGGCUUUGGAUGGCAAGAACAGAUGGCACUCUAGCGCCAAAGUGGAUGCCCUGAUGAGCAAUCUGUUGAAACUCCAUAGUGAAUAUUCCACCAUCAAGUGUCUGGUGGUCUCCCAGUUCAAGUUUCUAACCCUUUUAAGUGCCUCUGUGGUGGUCUUCAGAUUAGCUCAAGAACAGUGCAUAGAGAGCUUCACAGAAUGGGUUUCUAUGGCUGAGCAGCUGUAUCCAACCAAGCCUUGCAUCACCAAGCGCAAUGCAAUGCAGCGGAUGCAGAUCUGGAAGACUUCUCCUGGAAGCCCAACUAUUAUGCUUCUGUCCCUCAAAGCUGGAGGGGUGGGGCUCAAUCUUACUGCUGCAUCCCAAGUCUUCCUAAUGGAGCCCGCAUGGAACCCAGGAGCAGAAGACCAGUGUGUUGAUGGGUGUUAUCAACUUGGUCAGACCAGAGAUGUGAUCAUCACCAAGUUUAUUGUGAAGGACUUGGUGGAAGAAAACAGGGUGAGAAUUCAAAAGAGAAAGCAUCAGCUAGUAGAGAACCUUUGAAUGAAAGAAUGCUGAGGACUGAAACCAGGCACAGAUAGAGCAGAUCUCCUCAUUUAUGGAGAUUUAACUUUAUUGCUAUAUUAGAAUUCACUUAUUUUAAUUUGCAAUAGCUUGCCAAUUGGUUUGUGAUCAUUUAAUUUUUUUUUUCCUGCCUUUGACCAGUGUCCUUUAAAACAUUCCAGUCUCACUUUAAAAGAUGUUUACUGGGAUGGCCCCACUACUUUUUAAAUGUGUACCAUUUCCUCCACAUGCUGUCUUUGCUAUAUCCUUUAUUCAAUAAUAAUUUGAGUACUGAAG